AUGGGCUGCCAUCGGUUUACCGAGGAGGAGCUGGCUGAGCUCGAGCGUCGUUUUCCCCGGGUGGUAACGUUGCCGACGGAGAGGGUGAUGCAGGCGAGGAGUGAUUGGGAGGGGAGAGCUGUGCACGCCAAGAGUUUGGGGCGGCGCAUUCCGGCAGAGGUUGUGGCUCGUGAACUCAGAGGACGGGCUAAGCUCCUGCAACCGGUGGAGGUUCUUCCAAUGGCGGAGGGUGUUCUGACGAUCCGGUUCGGGUCAGGGGAGGAGCGGGCGAAGGCAAUGGCAGUGGCCCCUUGGCUGGUGGGGGGCCAGCUGAUGUCGAUAGAGGACUGGCGGCCUGAUUUCACCCCGGGCGUCCACUCGGUUAGCCGGACAGUUGUCUGGGUUAGGCUACCGGGGCUGCCGUUGGAAUAUUGGGAUAAUGCAUCCAUCCUGGAGAUGGUGGCGGCGGCGGGCAGGCCACUUACGCUUGAUGCGGUGUCAAGCGAGAGGCGGAGGGUCGGCUAUGCCCGAGCAAAGGUCGAGAUCGACGCUAGCCUCCCACUGGUUCUUGGUACACUAGUUCAAUGGGGGAAGAAUAGGUUCUGGCAGGCCUUCGUUUACGAGGAUCUGCCGAGCCUCUGCUACCUCUGUGCCCGCACCGGUCAUCAGGCGGGGGAGUGCCGGUUCUGCGAGGCGGAAGGGAGAUCGAUCCCGAUGGUUAAUGGAGCUCCUGGCGGCUCUUCGUCGUCUACGGAGGGAAACCUACCCGGGGGGAGUAGGCCGAGAGUCUUCGGCCCAUGGAUGACCUCUUCUAGGUUUCCGGCACAGUGA